AAUCAAAAUUUGAAAGAUGUGCUUCUAAACUUCUUAAUCAUAAUGAUGGUAGUUUAUCGGAAACGACUAUUGUAAUCAAUGAUAUAUCAGAAUGUGAAUAUAUACGUUAUGAUGCAUCGUAUCAGAGUAUUGGAGCAAAAAAUUUUUGGAUGUAA